GUAACGUUCGAAACUUAAGUACACAACUUUUAAAAUUCUCUCUCUCCCUUAAUGACCGUUGCGAAUCCAGUUCUUAGCAUUAGUUGCAAGCUUUGAUUCUUUAUCCUCAAUUCUCAAACAAAUUGCUCCGAUCAUAUUAUCUUCUCUAGUAAUUUUGCUUCGAUGGCGACAUUAACAGCUGGUGUGAUAAUGAAACUCCUUAACGGGUUGAAUUCCGGCUUAAAACCGACGAGCGAACACCGGAGCUCGCUUUUACAGGUGACGGAUAUCGUACCGGCCGAUCUUGACGAAAAGAAUCUUUGGCCAAAACAUGGGUUUUACGUCAAGGUAUCGGAUUCAUCCCAUUCGAUCUAUGUCAGUCUUCCGUUUGAACAAGAUGACCUAGUUCUUAGCAAUAAGAUUCAACUGGGUCAGUUCAUUUACGUUGAUCAACUAGAUCCAGGUUCACCUGUUCCAGUUGUGAAAGGCGCAAAACCAAUUCCGGGAAGACACCCUUUUAUAGGGACGCCUGAACCAUUAAUGGGUUUGAGAGAAAAAGGUGAAACGAAGAUUAUGAGUCAUUUAAAGAAACCAUCUGGUUCGAAAAGAAGUUCAUGGGAACAUUCUUGUUCAAUUUCGUCUCCAUUGGUGAUGAAACCAGUUCCUCUUGAUUUUGAUCAGUGUACACCGGUGAAGAAGAGUAUAUUUCCGAUGUCUCCAUUGUUGAGAGGACGCAAAGAAGGAAGCUUGACUGCAUCUAGAUCGUCUGUAGGCGGUGGGAUUUUGUCGAAAAUUGUGGAAAGUCCUGGUUUGGUUAGAAAAAGCUGCAUCACGCCGUCUAUAUUGAAAUUUCCAAGAAGCAAGAGCGUUAACGAACGCGAAUCGAGAAUACCCAGAAACACAUUCAACCCAACAACAACAACAGAAAAGAAAGUCUCUAGCCCUUCUCCAAUGAAAUCAAGAUCGGUAGUUGAACCAUUGUCUCCAUCAAUUCCUCAAGAUAUCAGUAGCUGUAACAUGAAUUUACCUGGAAAACUGAGUAUUCUCGGGAAGGAAGCUGUGCAGCAAAGAGAAACAGCUCAAAGAGCUGCACUUCAAGCCCUAAGAGACGCCUCCGCCACUGACAAUUUAGUUCGAUCGCUAAAGUUGUUUUCCAAUUUAAGCAAAUCGGCUAAAGUGGAAUCACCGGCGGCAUGUUUCGAUAAGUUUCUGGAAUUCCAUGGUCAAAUUAUGCAGGCAGUUAAUGAGAUGGUAUCCAUCCAAGCAGCAACUAUGGUUCAAAAUCAUCCAGAAGAAGAAGAAGAAGAAGGAGAGACGACUAAUAAUAUCCUAUCCAAAAGAAGAAACCCAUUAUACAAAUCAACAGCCGAAAAGACUAAUAAUGAUCAGAGGUUUUCGUCUGUUCUUGGGAAACAUCUGAGAUCACCGAGUUUUAAUAGCAGCCAAAGAAAAGGUUCAAGCUUGUUUGGGAAACUGUCUGAGAACGAUGAGAAUAAGAAACCGGUUUUGUGUAAUAGUAGUGAACCUCUGAGUAAUACGAUCAAAUUGGGGAAACAAAUAGAGAUGGAGGCUGGGAAUUGGUUUAUGGAGUUUAUUGAGAAAGCUUUGGAGAAUGGUUUGAAGAAGAAGAAGAAUAAUAAGAAGAAAUCAGAGGAGGAAGAAGAUGAUGAUGAAGGGAGGAAAAUUCCUCAAGCUGUAUUGUUGAAGGUGAUUAAUUGGGUUGAAGUUGAGCAUUGUGAUCCGACUAAACGGACUGUUCAUCCAAAAGCAGCUCAAAUUGCAAGAAAGCUAAGGAUCAAGAUGAAGAAUCCUUCUUCAUAAACAUAAAAUCAUUGUUUAAGUUCAUGAAUGAUCUUCUGAAACCAUAUUAUUAUAUCAUUCUUUUUCAUGUUAUUGAACAAUCUUUUCGAAAAAAACAUAAAGAGAUCAAAUGAAAAUGUUGGCCAAGUUUAUUUAA